AACGGGGUUCCGGCAGCUAUCGUGUUCGACGGGUUGUUGUCGCGUGCCUUAGGGAAUGAGACGACGAUGAAUUCUUCAGAUAUUAUCGAACUUGUCUUCAACUCAACCUUAGUCGACAACGGACUUAACAAAUUAUUCGAGUCCUACGCUUCUUUCUUAGGGUUCAUGUACUUCAAAGAAUCAAUGCCGAGUCGUCCAUCAAAUGCAUCUGCAACUGCAACACAGAAUCGUCUAUUCGUCACAACUGGAACAGCGCAUGCGAUGGCGGGAAUAUCUGGGUUCUGUUCGUUGCUGCUCAUAUUCAUGAUAUUUCGAAGCCCAAGACAUGGGAUAUUACCACGAAGCCCAGCAACAAUCAUCGAUAUGGCUGCGCUGAUGUAUCCAAGCCAGAGGUUUACACGGAGCUUGGAAAAUAGGGGUGCUUUGAGCGAAAAAGACAUCCACACAUCUCUCGAAUCUACAAAGUAUAGAGCAUAUGCUUCUGUUGACAAAGAGGUUCGCCAGCGGAAACCUUUCUACUUACACGUGAUUGAAGGCAUCGAGAAAGAUACCUAUUCCCCGGAGGGUAGCAAGGAUAUUAGCGUGAGGCACCCGCUAGUCUUACACCCGACCUCUCGUACCGCGAUGUCUGUCGUUGUCAUAUUGGUAGUCGUAACAUUGGAGUAUCUAUUUCAAAGGUCUGACAAGGGCAGUGGGAUUGUCGACCUGGAAAAUACAGACCGCGUUCCGUAUGCAUGGACAAUCUUACCGGCGAUCGUUCUCAGCUUGAUAUCUAUAUAUUACGGUACUGUCGAGACUCAAAUGCGCCUCUUAGCACCGUACAACAACCUCCUAAAAGGAUCAAAGUUCGAAUUGACUCUAAGUCUCGACUUAGUCGACCGAUUUGCCAUCACAAGUCUCGUGUCAGCGGCUAAGUUCAAACUUCAUAUGGUAGUUGCUUCAAUCGCGACCUCGUUUGUGGCCUUUUUCCUCACGAUCGCUGCUAGUUCUCUCUUUUCUUCUAUGGACGUUCCGAACCCUUCCACAGAUGUACAACUUUCCGCUCUAAAUACUUUUAAUUAUGCCACUUUCUGGGACGCAAACUACGAUGAUGGAUCUCUUAUCCUCGGUGCGAGCUUAGAUUACUCCCCUUUCACGUACGAAGAUCUUGCGUUCCCACAACUUCAGCUGAACAAGGAGCAGUCGAAUAAGAGCAGCAACACAAUGCAGAGUGAUGAUAUCGAUAUCACAGCUACAGUCCCAGCGGCGAGGUCAUCUCUAGGCUGCAGGAUUUUUGACUCGUCCGCGAUUCAAGCAUCGUUUGAGCCAAACUCCAACGUCGCCAUGACCUCCCCUUUAAAUAUCAAGAUCAGCCAGGACAAUUGCACAGACGUUACAAUACAAGUAGAUGAUUUACAAGAUUGGGUGGCUAGCAACUUCUACUUCGGAAUCGCCAACCCGGGAAGCACAAGUUGGCGUGGAGCUGACUGGGUAGAUACACAGGCGCAGAACUGUGGCGACUAUUUGUAUGCAUGGGGACAGGUGCCAGAUAAAACCAGAAACAAUGUCUCGGCUGUGUCUGCAAUGGUUUGCAACGAAACGGCUCAAGAAUUAAACGUAAAAGCAACAUUCCUUGGGCCAAGUUUAGAGAUACGACCUGAUCAUUCACCACAGCCAGAUGAGGAUUCCGCACAUGUGGUCAGCCAGUUUCCGGUAUGCCAGGAUGGUCUAUUUAGAAAAGAAAACUGUAAAGAUAUGGGUGCCAUGUAUGAGAAUUUGCGGCACAUAGAUACACCCCACGUACUGGACCGGUUCUUCUCUAUUCUCACCAGCCCAGCGGGGCGGCUCGCUCUUGAUGUCGCAUCCCUCGGAGACGAAUCAGCCGCGCAGUCUGUGAGCGAUGCCAUAAUAUCCCAACACAAGAUGCUACGCGCUCACGCGUUUGGAAGUGCUGGCCGUUUAUGGCCAAAUUCCACAGACAGUUCAUCGGAUGACAACACGACAUCCACCCAGGCCGCGUUUUCGCUACCGGCGAAGAUACAAUACACUACCACUAGGACUCGACUCGUUCAAGACGCUAUCUCCACGAGAAUACUCGAAGGCCUGCUCUUGGCGAUCCUAUUUCUUUCCCUUCUAAGCUGGUAUGCUAUGCCGAAUACCAAAUUGCUACCGCGAGACCCUUGCAGCAUUGCGAGCGUGGUAGCCCUGCUCGCAGAUGGCAACAUCUUUGACUUGCUGCCGCCGAAUGCGCAGAUGAUGAGUAACAAAGAGCUGAAAGAUUUCUUCGGUGACGGAAUUUUCUAUAUGAAGAUUGAAGAAGGGGUUUUGGGUAUACGGUAUGAGAAGACGAACCCCGACCCUCAGGUAGGUACCCCUUAGUACACCAGAUUCAAAAUACGUUCGACGGAGACAUUUGUGGGUAUGUAGCAGUGAUGUCAUCUAGGAUAAAUCAGACCGCAAAUCAUAGAUUUCAUAGGUAAACAUGUUGCUUCGAUU